AUGAAUGAUCAGCUAACCAUGGUCUGCCACGUGGUGGCAAUGCCCUAUCCAGGUAGAAGCCAUAUCAACGCCGUGAUGAACUUGUGCAAGCAGCUAUCCUCUCGGGUCAAAUACGACAUCCUCAUCACCUUCGUCGUAACGGAGGAGUGGUUCGGGUUGAUCGGGUCCGAUCCGAAGCCCGAUAGCAUCCGAUUCGCCACCAUACCCAACGUCGUGCCCUCCGAGCAUGUUCGGGCAAAUCAGUUUGCUGAUUUUUUUGAGGCUGCCGCAACCAAGUUGGAAGCUCCCUUUGAGGAGCUUCUUGAUAGGCUUCACGGGCCUCCGGUGAGGGCGAUCAUAGCAGAUAGCCUUAUGGCUUGGCCCAUCAAAGUCGGGCAUCGUAGGAAUAUUCCGGUGGCUUCGUUCUGGCCACUCUCCGCUUCUAUGUUUUCAGUGCUGUAUCACUUUGACCACUUCGCACAACACGGCCAUUACCCAGUCAAACUCUCCGUUUAA